UUACAAUCGAAUGUAGAACCUCUUUUUUUUGAAAGGUGACAGGGAAAUAUAGAAAUAACCCCAAUUAAUUUGAUACUAAAUAUAAUGGUAAAAAUUGCGAUUAAAUUCCUUUUAAAUAUUUAUGAAUUACAGUUACUAGAGUGGGCGCGAUGCGGGGAGAGCCUUAUCUCAGUGAUACCGACGGUACUGUGGGCGGCGGGCUCCGCUGCGUUCGCGCACCGCAUCAUUACAGCGUUGUUCAAGCGAUUCAUGUUCCGUAGAGUUCCUUUGUGGGAGAUCGUGCUGCAGCACCUGAUAUUCAUUUGGAUGGUCAUAUACAGUCUCCAUUUCUGGGGACUUCUCGUACGAGUUGUUAAAAUGAUGGUCGAAUAUUGUUACCGCAACGACCACCGCAUAGAAGCGUCAAACGAGGAGCUAGCGGGGCGCAAGAUAAUGCAGCAGUGGAUCAUCUGGGUGUGCGGCGCGUCCCCGCUCGCGCUGUACCUGCACACGCGCCCGCGGCCCCUCCACCCGCCCCUCAUGAUAUGGAUAACUACUAGCCCCUGGCAGAGGCGGGAAAUGGGACCAUAUGGGUACUACCUGCAUAGACCCCUUACUUCCCUGGAGGGUCCGAAUUCUUCCCUACAGCAGACGAUAGCUCUUCGCAGAGCUCACAGUGACUCUAGAACAAUCAUCAAAGAACCGCCCAGAAAGAGAAGGAAUUCUAAAUCGGUUUAAGAAAUUUUUAAUAAAUCAUGUCUUUGUGAUAAAUGGUGUUUUAUUUUCGGAGCUACAGCGUAAACGAUAUUUUAUUAUUCAUAAAAAGUCAUAUCGGUGAAUUUCGUGUGCACCAACCAGCACUCAUCAAUAUUGAUGAGUGCUUUUUCAGUUCAUUAAAAACUAGACCAUCAAGAUAAUCCGUGUAUUUAUCCUUUUUAUAUGCAAUCUUUUUUCAAGUGGCCAUCCAAAUGACAUAAUUGAAUUAAAACAUGCGUCAAUAGAUGUCACUG